GAAGAAAGAACGUUGGUGCUGCCGGAAGAGCAAACGCACUGAAGAAAAAGACAACAACUCCGCAACCCUCAUCAUCUGUGCAAUCAGGACCAAUGACUAUUGAUUCAAUUAUUGAAAAUGUGAUGGAAAUGAAGGAAAAAUUCCAAUUGGAAGAAUGUAGAACCAUAUUGGAUAAGGGAAUUAGAAAAUUCUCAACAUCACCAAGGCUUUUUGAAUUGUUAUUCUUGAUGGGAGAAAUUUAUCUUGAAAUGGGAGACCCAACCAAUUCACAACACUUUUUAAAACAAGCUGUUCAUGUUAAUCCACACCAUUAUCCUUCCAUCAUGUAUUUGGGUCAAAUUUCUGGAGGAAAGGAAAGUGCUCAAUACUUUAAUAAUGGACUCGGAAUCAUUCAAGAAAUUAUCAGAACAAAUAAUAGCAACGACGAAAUUAAACAAUUAUACAUACAAGGAUUGUGUUCACUUUGUGAAUUGUACAUGACAGAUUUGUGUUUUGAAGAAAAUGCCGAACAAGAAUGUGAAAAGUGUGUUACUAUGGCCAAGGAAUUUUAUAAUAACGUGCCACUCAAUAAUUGGGAUAUUAAUCUUUUACAAACAAUUGCUCACUUGAAUAUGUGUCAAUGUAAACCAGAAGAAGGAAAGAGUAUUAUGCAAAUUGUUGCUCAAAAAGUUAUUGAUGAAGGAAAUAGAUUGAAGGAAUCUACAAAUUCAACAUAUUCUGAUUUAGUUAUGGGAUAUGAUUUCAAAUUAUCAACUGCUAAAAAUCUUAUUGAAUUACAAUUACAUCAAGAAGCUAAAACUAUACUGGAACAAUUGAAGGACCAAUUUGAUGAAGUCGUAGAUUUGUGGUAUUUAUUGGGUAUUUGUAUUGAUUCUUUAGGACAAACAGAUAUUGCUGUUAAAUAUCUUGAAAAGGCCUUAAAUAUUGGUAAGAAAGUUAAAGAAGAUGGCAUGUUUUUGAAGGAAAUUCAAGAAGAUUUGAAUAACAUGAAGCAAAAAUUAGGAGGUGUUAUUCCAGACGACAUUAUUGAUGAAAAUGAUGAUGAAUGGGAAGAUGCUGUCGAAGAUUUUAUUGAUGAAGAUGAAGAAAUGAAUGGAUAAAUACAUAUUCCAAACACAAUAUAAACAAUAGUCCACUGUC